UCUGCCACAGGGGGUAGGGACUUCUCCAAUUUACCGCCGUCUCAGACAGUUCUGUGUCAGGAGCCAUAGGAUAUAGGGUGCCAUCAUGGACGACCAGGGAUAUUAUAGUAAUAAUAAAAUCAAUUCUACCAAUUCAGGAGCUAAUCGGAGAACAAAUAGGCAGUCUGUAAAUAAUGCAUGUCAAGAGCCCCGGGAUUCCAACCCUGAUGCCAAUGCUAACGCACCUGUCAACGCAAACACCGAUCCACAAACACAGCAGGAUCCAACUCAGCCUCAACAGUGAGUAGUAGUCAAUACUAUUUAUCUCCAACUCAGCCUCAACAGUGAGUAGUAGCCAAUAAUAUUUAUCUCUAUUAGACUAUGUGUUUUCAUAUGUUUCAAGGGGAUAUUCGGGCUAUACGGAUAUGGAAGGUUCUCUUCUGCAUCAAGUUUAAGAAAGAUUGGGAAAAGUUUGGGAAGUACUAUUAUGUAAAAGUAUGGAAUGUCAUUCAAAUUUAGAAUGUAUUAAAUUUAGUAUUUAUGUAAGGUCAUAUUCACGUUUAGCCUACAGUAAGUUUCGUUUCAUGCUCUUAAUUCCUGUGAAGCGGAAGAGAAACCAGAGAUUAUUUUGAGGAGAUGGGAAACUCCAUUGGAUUCCUAUUAAUGCCUAUUGAGUACGUUGCCUGUACGUCGUCAAUGGGCCGCGCGGUGCAUUUUGGGCGAUUGUGGGACAAGGAGAUCUCUCCUUUAAGGAGUGAAUGGUUUAAAAACCUAACAUUACCAUGAAUUUCGUGAACAAGAAGUACAACAUUACAAAUAUUUUCUGUAAAUAGGCAGGUUUAUUGACUCAUACCCUGAGUUUGAGAAGGGAUUGCGUGACGAUUAAUUUAGCAACCGUGUGACGCAGCAUGACAACGUGAACGUGAUUGGUCGACAGUCUGCUGGGUGGGGCGUUAAACAUUGGCCAUUCAUUCCUAUCUCCUCCUUUCUCUAAUAUCUCUGGUAAAACUAGUCUAUACACACGCAUGCGCACAUGGACAGACGCUUGUGUUCUGUUUGGGUGCACAAGAAUAGUGUGUUUUGUGCAUGAAUUAGUUUUAGCACCACACCUCUGUCUGGUAAAACCCUUGGCACAGAAGAUUAUGAGGGUUAUUAAAUGUAUAAGUAGGGGGAGGCAUUUACAUUUCCCUUUCUCUCGAUUUCUCUGACUGGUUGCAUCACCGCUUGGUAUGGCAACUGCUCCGCUUCGACCGCAAGGCGCUACAGAGAGUAGUGCGUAGGAUGGCCCAGUAGAUCACUGGGGACAAGUUUGCUGCCAUCCAUGACCUCUAUACUAGCAAAUAUUUUCUUACUUACUUAAAAAAAAAAUCUGCAUUGUUGGUUAAGGGCUUGUAAGUAAGCAUUUCACGGUAAGGUCUACUAUUUAUAUAUAUGCCAUUUAGCAGACGCUUUUAUCCAAAGCGACUUACAGUCAUGCGUGCAUACAUUUCUGUGUAUGGGUGGUCCCGGGGAUCGAACCCACUACCUUGGCGUUACAAGCGUCGUGCUCUAACAGUUGAGCUACAGAGGACCACUACACAAUACUACACAUGUUGUAUUCGGGCCAUGUGACAAAUACAAUUUGAUUAGAUUUUUAUUUACAUCCUCUCAUUCUCUCUCUCUCUCUCUCUCUCUCUCUCUCUCUCUCUCUCUCUCUCUCUCUGUCUCUGUCUCUGUCUCUGUCUCUGUCUCACAGUUCAGAUGGGUUCACCAUGAUACCACCCAUUGAAUCAAGAAGGAGUAAACUACAGAGGAGUAAGUCUCGUUGUAGCGACCCUGGUUUAUAAGCCUGGAUAUUGACUCUGCCACUUGAGCACGCUUUUGUGGCACAGUCGAUUUCCGUGGGACUUCGGGCCAGAAGGUUGAGAGUUUCGAGGCGCACUGCCUGCCUGUUUCAUUACAAUAGCAUUGUUAUGAUAUCUCUCCAUCCCUCUUUCCAUCCAUCCAUCUACCCCCCCCCCCUUCCCCUCUACUCCUCCCUCCAGUAAUAGUAUAUAUUAGUAAUAUACUAUAUAUUGUAAUAUACUUGGAAUGUAAUAUGCCAACAUGUCACCAUUCUCCCUUAACCCACAGUGGCUCAGAAAGAAGAGGAGGACUUCCAGAGAUGGAAGGAAGCAAACAGACCUGGUCCUGUCCAACUGGCCCCAGAGAGGCUAGGUACACACACACACACACACACACACACACACACACACACACACACACACACACACACACACACACACACACACACACACACACACACACACACAUUAAUCAUAUUAUAUUCUAAUGCAUGUAUCUCUGUAAGGUGGUGCUGUGUCACUGGCUGAGGCCAGAGACAGGCAGCUGGUGGAGUUACGACACUCUAAACUGAAGAAACAGGUACUCAAUCUUUACAUUUUACAAUAAAUACUUAUUUAUAACAUUAUGGCCCGUAUUCCAUCCAAUUUGUGCCUGGCAUGUAAAACUCUCACAUUCUGCUAAUUUCUUGAUGAUGCCUUCUAAACAGCCCUUGACAGACGGUAUGAGUAAGUUGUCUACUUGUGUUGUGUGUGUGAAGCUGAGAAAAGAGGAGCUGGACCGGCAACGGAGACAGGCUGAGGAAGAGGAGGAUGAGAGGAUGAAGGCUAAACAGCGGGAGAAGGUAAGAGAGGGAUGGAGAGGGUGUUAGCACUGUACAAGUAAAUCACUUACUUACUAUUGACGUCAUUGUAUUGUUACUAUGUACUGUAGGUAUACAGAAGGUAUUGUUUCUCUCUAUAAUACCAUUUAAUUCCAACAGAGGCCACUGCAGACAGCUGGCAGGCACACUAAAAAAAUCCUAGAUGUGGUGAUAGAGAGAGAGAGAGAGAGAGAGAGAGAGAGAGAGAGAGAGAGAGAGAGAGAGAGAGAGAGAGAGAGAGCGAGAGAGAGAGAGAGAGAGAAGAGAGAGAGAGAGAUAGAGAGAUAGCUAUAGCGAGAGCUUACCUAAGAUCGAGGCUCUGACUCUCGAGAUACCGACCGAUAUAGAUGCAAGACGACAAGAGUGAAAGACAGAAAAUGGCAAGGACUUUAGUGUGUAUGUAUUUACACUUACUCAAAUCCAAUCAUACCCUCUAAAGCCCCACUGUGCCCUGGCUCUCUCUCACAGAGAGAGAGAGAGCAUAAUAGACAGAGAGAAAGAGACAUAUCCACACCCAUCAUUAAGGAGACAAUAUUUCCCUGACUGAUUGAUGAGCGUUGGUGUUUCCAGGAACCACAGGCUACAGCAGAGAGAGCUGUUAGACAUGUUCGAGUCCAUGUCUGGCUGGCCCUCUCUGAGUGGUUAAUACAGACAGAGAUGUCUUAAUAGUCGUUCAUAAAGGACACUAGAGCAGUGGUUACGGAACCUUUAAAGAGUUGUGACGCUAAUAACACUUCAAGCCUUGUGACCCACUUAAUAAAGCUGACCAAGUUUCUCUCCACAACCUAGUCCUUGGUUGUGACCUGAGAGGGAAUGGUUACGACAAGUCACUACUAAUUAGUAACAAGUCACUGAUGUUUUUAACUAUGUUACAGGCUGAGAGACUGGAAGAGAGGAGAGAACAGGAGGACAGGCGGAGGAGAGAAGUUCUCGCACAGGACCACCUCAGGUCAGCACUUUGAACUUGUGAAUAAAGGAGGUGUAUCUGUAGCAGACAGAGGAGAGGAGAUGGGUGUGUGUGACACACACUUAACCUGUGUGCCCCUAUUUACCCUCACAUGCAUCACUGUUCUACCUAAUUUCUACCAUCAUUAAAUGUGCAACCAGAGGGAAAAAAAACUCUAGACCACCUUUACUCCACACACAGAGACGCAUACAAAGCUCUCCCUCGCCCUCCAUUUGGCAAAUCUGACCAUAACUCUAUCCUCCUGAUUCCUGCUUAUAAGCAAAAACUAAAGCAGGAAGCACCAGUAACUCGGUUAAUAAAAAAGUGGUCAGAUGACGCAGAUGCUAAGCUACAGGACUGUUUUGCUAGCACAGACUGGAACAUGUUCCGGGAUUCUUCAGAUAGCAUUGAGGAGAACACCACAUCAGUCACUGGCUUCAUCAAUAAGUGCAUCGAUGACGUCGUCCCCACAGUGACCGUACGUACAUACCCCAACCAGAAGCCAUGGAUUACAGGCAACAUCCGCACUGAGCUAAAGGGUAGAGCUGCCGCUUUCAAGGAGCGGGACUCUAACCCGGACGCUUAUGAGAAAUCCCGCUAUACCCUCCAACGAACCAUCAAACAGGCAAAGAGUCAGUACAGGACUAAGAUUGAAUCGUACUACACCGGCUCUGAUGCUCGUCGGAAGUGGCAGGGCUUGAAAACUAUUACAGACUACAAAGGGAAGCACAGCCGCGAGCUGCCCAGUGACACAAGACUUCCAGACGAGCUAAACCACUUCUAUGCUCGCUUCGAGGCAAGCAACACUGAAGCAUGCAUGAGAGCACCAGCUGUUCCGGAUGACUAUGUGAUCACGCUCUCCGUAGCCAAUGUGAGUAAGACUUUUAAGCAGGUCAACAUUCACAAGGCUGCAGGGCCAGAUAGAUUACCAGGAUGUGUACUCCGAGCAUGUGCUGACCAACUGGCAAGUGUCUUCACUGGACAUUUUCAACAUGUCCCUGACUGAGUCUGUAAUAUCAACAUGUUUCAAGCAGACCACUAUAGUCCCAAUGCCCAAGGACACUAAGAUAACCUGUCUAAAUGACUACCGACCCGUAGCACUGACUUCUGUAGCCAUGAAUGUGCUUUGAAAGGCUGGUCAUGGCUCACAUCAACACCAUUAUCCCAGAAACCCUAGACCCACUCCAAUUUGCAUACCGCCCCAACAGAUCCACAGAUGAUGCAAUCUCUAUUACACUCCACACUGCCCUUUCCCACCUGGACAAGAGGAACACCUACGUGAGAAUGCUAUUCAUUGACUACAGCUCAGCAUUCAACACCAUAGUGCCCUCAAAGCUCAUCACUAAGCUAAGGAUCCUGGGACUAAACACCUCCCUCUGCAACUGGAUCCUGGACUUCCUGACGGGCCGCCCCCAGGUGGUAAGGGUAGGUAACAACACAUCUGCCACACUGAUCCUCAACACGGGGGCCCCUCAGGGGUGCGUGCUCAGUCCCCUCCUGUACUCCCUGUUCACCCAUGACUGCAUGGCCAGGCACGAUUCCAACACCAUCAUUAUGUUUGCCGACGACACAACAGUGGUAGGCCUGAUCACCGACAACGAUGAGACAGCCUAUAGGGACGAGGUCAGAGACCUGGCCGUGUGGUGCCUCUCCCUCAACGUGACCAAGACAAAGGAGAUGAUUGUGGACUACAGGAAAAAAAAGAGGACUGAGCACGCCCCCAUUUUCAUCGACGGGGCUGUAGUGGAACAGGUUGAGAGCUUCAAGUUCCUUGGUGUCCACAUCACCAACGAACUAUCAUGGUCCAAACACACCAAGACAGUCGUGAAGAGGGCAUGACAAAGCCUAUUCUCCCUCAGGAGACUGAAAAGAUUUGGCAUGGGUCCUCAGAUCCUCCAACAAAUUAUACAGCUGCACCAUCGAGAGCAUCCUGACUGGUUGCAUCACCGCAUGGUAUGGCAACUGCUCAGCCUCCGACCGCAAGGCACUACAGAGGAUAGUGCGUACGGCCCAGUACAUCACUGGGGCCAACCUUCCUGCCAUCCAGGACCACUAUACCAGGCGGUGUCAGAGGAAGGCUCUCAAAAUUGUCAAAGACUCCAGCCACCCUAGUCAUAGACUGUUCUCUCUGCUACCGCACGGCAAGCGGUACCGGAGUGCCAAGUCUAGGUCCAAAAGACUUCUCAACAGCUUCUACCCCCAAGCCAUAAGACUCCUGAACAGCUAAUCAUGGCUACCCAAACUAGUUGCACUGCCCCCCCACCCCCACCCCCUCUUUUUACGCUGCUGCUACUCUGUUAAUUAUUUAUGCAUAGUCACUUUAACUCUACCCACAUGUACAUAUUACUUCAACUACCUCAAUUAGCCAGUGCUCUCACACAUUGACUCUGCACCGGUACCCCCUGUAUAUAUAGCCUACCUACUGUUAUUUUAUUUUACUUCUGCUCUUUUUUUCUCAACACUUUUUUGUUGAUGUUUUAUUUUACUUUUUUUAUUAAAAAAUAAAUGCAUUGUUGGUUAAGGGCUGUAAGUAAGCAUUUCACUGUAAUGUCUACACCUGUUGUAUUCGGCGCAUGUGGGCCAAUCAAAUUUGAUUGAUUUGAUUUGAACCAUGUAAACCCUUUUGUUCACCUAAAGUAACAUACAGUAUAAUUACAGGUGUAGGAGAGUCAAAAACUGAAGUAGAAUGCAGGAACAUUGCACUUUAAUGGAUGUUUAUUUGCAGAGUGUACAGAGUGUUAUGUGCAGGAAUCUCUUCUCCAAAGCAUAAUAAUAUUAACACUGGUCCAAACCCUUAGCCCUCAAGCACCCCACAGAGUUAUUGUGUUAUUGGAACCCUGACUACUUUCCAACCCCUCUGGAGGAAAAUGUCUGUUUGACACCACUGGCAUCAGCCCAAUAACAACAAACAUGACACAACAACACACUAGGAGAACUGUAGGGAAGGAACAAUACAAACAUGUAGAGACAGACAGACGGACAGACAGAGGGAGCAUGUUGGAGUCAGGGGUGGAGAGAGAAGAGGAGGUUACAGAUGAUGGGGCUAGAGAUGGGACUGAGACGGGGACAGGACAGAUAGGACAGAGUACUGAAACAGUAAGAGUCAGACCAGGACAAACAGACUAGGUGACUCCUCUGUGAAACAGCAUCCUGCUGUGGGGAGAAUCAGGAGUGUCUGCAGAAAACAUUAACACUACAACACCACAUCUCCAUUUCACAACUGUGUGUGUGUGUGUGUGUUUGUGAUCUGCAGGAGGACAGAGCAGUUCCUUCAGAGGGUGGAGAGGUCAGAUGCAGCUCCAGUGGCAUUGACUAGUGCCUCACACACAUCACCCUGGGUAGGACUAUGUGUGUGUGUAUAUCCUAGACAGGGCCCUGGGUUCAGGACUCUCAGAGCUGUGGCUGUGAGGUCAGGGGUAAUUCACACCAAUGGAUCCGUCUUUGAAUACGCUCUGCUCUGGAGCUCUCAUCGACUGGGGUGGAGUGGGGAUAAACUCAGCCCCAGAAAGGUUGGUCCAGCCCAGCCCGGGGAGAGGACUCAUCCCCCUAAUAUUGUCCUCUGGUCAGAGCUAGUGGACACUGCGUGCGUGUGUGUGUGUGUGUGUGUGUGUGUGUGUGUGUGUGUGUGUGUGUGUGAGAGAGAGCCAGGGCACAGUGGGGCUUUAGAGGGUAUGAUUGGAUUUGAGUAAGUGUAAAUACAUACACACUAGAAGUCUUGCCAUUUCUGUCUUUCACUCUCUGUCUGUCUUUCUUUCUUUACUCUCUCUCUCUCUCUCUCUCUCUCUCUCUCUCUCUCUCUCUCUCUCUCUCUCUCUCUCUCUCGUUACCCUCACUUUCCUUCUCUUUCGCUCUCUCUCUCUAUCCCCCCUCUCUCCUCAUAAGUUGAUGGUUAGAGGAAGGGAGUUGGUGGGGUGAGGCUCACAGAGUUCAAGGGACUUCCCAGAGUUCACAGAAAGUACAGAGAGAUGGAUAGAGACAGGGAGAGAGAGGGAGAGAGAGUUCACUGCAGACAGACCAAGGGUGGAAUAACCUGCGUAGUUCUGGUGAAAGUACCUGAAAGGAAGCCAGGCUGUCAGCCAAUGAGAGGCCAGGAUGCAGGAAGACCUGCCAAUCACAGAGGUCAUCUUUGCUAUGUCAUCCAGGUCGCUAUGUCAACCAGCUCCAGAACAACCAAUCAAUUUACCUGGUGAGGAAGGAGAGAUAGACCACAAGCCAUCAUAGCUUAAUGUGUGUAAUAUACUAUUAUUUGUAUGUAGUGCUAAUAAUAGUAGUGUUGAUGUCUCAUCUCAGCCCUAGCCUGGUCUCAGUGGUGUCGUGUUGUGGUGAUGCUGCAGACAGCAGACAGGGAAGUGCAGGAAGGAAGGGCCCCAGGGUUUGAGUAUGUGUGUGUUAGGGAAGGGUUUCAUAAUGUACCGACUGACGACAGUAUUGUGUCAACUGACAUCUUUAUUCGAAUCGUACACACAGCUCCUGUGGAAGACAGACAGAUGGACAGACAGAUAGACAGGCAGAGGAAAUGUUUUCUUGUGUGGCUUUUCUCAUUGUUGUUCAAGUUUCUCUCUUUUCCCUUAUUUCUCACAUGAUUGGGAGAAUUAGCAGUGCCAGGAGUGAGAGAGAGGGUGAGGAGAGAGAGAGAGGGAGAGGAGAGGGAGAGAGAGGCUGACGAGAGGUCAGGAGAGAGAGUGAGGAGAGGGAGAGAGAGGAUAGAGCGAGAGAGGGUGAGGAGAGGGAGAGAGCGAGAUGGAGAGAGAGCUGUAGGCAAAGAUGAGGAAACAGGACAGGAAGAGAGAGGGACUCCUCUCCCUGACAGACAGUGACUAUAGGAGAACCCAAAAGGAUAGAAACAUCAUAUGACAAUACCUGUCAUCCCUGUGGAGACAGACAUACACAGAGUAAUGUGUGUAGCAGUAUGCCUCUCCAGUUUCCAUAGAGAUCCUACAUUCUAUUCAUAUAUUUUCUGCUUGUUUCCUCUGAGAACAUGGUAGUGAAGGAGUGUCAGGAUGUCUGUGUGAUCCUGCUUUACUCUCUACUGACCUGGCUCUCUGGCAAUGCUCCAGACUGCAGUACUGGAUCCCUCCAAGCUAAACCAACGUCACAGACCCAGCGAUCAAAGCUGCCUAGCAGGAGUGGGGAGAGCAACGGGGAGAAGGGGGAGAGAGGGGGAAGAGAGUGUGGUUGAUGUGGUCUCUACAGUGGUACUGGGGAAUUUGUUGUUCUUUCAGAGAUGGUUCCUUAAGGCCGAUUUAAUAUUCCUUAUAUCCUCUGUUUGUGUGGGGGAGUGUGCGUGCGUGUGCGUGCAUGUGUGUGUGUGUGAGGAUAGAGAACAGAGAAAGAGCAAAAGCCUGACUCCAGAAAAACAAUGUACUGUAUCUCUCUCACACUCUCUCUCUCUCCCUCCCUGCCUGUGUUUAAGCAGAGGCCUGAGACCCUGUUUCUUGUGUUCCUCUCCUGCAGGCCAGAGCCCAGGAAUACAGGGCAGAGAGGAAAGAGGAGGAGAAUACAGCUCUACAGCUGAAGAAGAAGGAACAGAGGAUGAAGGUACCCUGUCAAAUAUACAACCAUUGCUAACAAAUGUUAUCGGUAUAUGUAGCCCAAGCAGGAAUUAAACUACACUUCAGUUAUCGGGGCAGUACUAAUCCAUGUUCUUCCCCUCAGAGUGAAGUCUUGGAGGAGAAAGAUAGUGAUCAGGAGGAGGAGAGGAGGAGAGAAUUGAGAAGGUGUGCUCAUUUUUACAACCAUGUUAAAACCUAACUUUCAUUUUUGAAUAUCGAGGGAUCUGUUUAGACAUUGUUCCCUUAUUUAUUUUGCUCCAGUAAUUGGCCGGACGGCCUGUAAUCUAUUGAUAUUGCUAAUCUCUUUUUAAGAGUUUAGAAUAUAUUAUUAUCCCUGUAAGGAGAUGUGGCUUGCAGCAUUACAAACAUUAGCAUAGAAAUACUGAAUACAUUCCAAAGAAACAUUCUGACAUUUUAUAACACACAAAUGACUAUGUCUGGUGGCAGGGGGAGAUCAGCUUUCCUGGACCGACUGCAGGGUGGGGGCACAGAGGUUGCAGGGGGGCAGAUGGAGCUACAGCGCCCCCCUGUGGUUAUGGAGGAGGACAGAAGAGACUGGCAGACCCAUAGCCAGACCUCCAGACCACAAGACACCUUUACAUCCCCGGAGCCUGACCCAGCACACAGCACCUCAGAGUGGCGAGAGGAGACCAGUAAGACACACACGGAUGCACGUACACAUACACACUUGCACACUGGGUACCGUUAAUUACAAUGUGUCAGGAAGGGAGGGAAAUUCUCUGCCAUUCAGUCUGCCAAGCUGUCAAGUAGAAAGGAAAAGCCCCUCAGUGUGAUUCUGUCAGAGAGAGAGUCUUAAAUGACUGGCAUGCUGGCUGCUUUGCGUGUGUGCUCGAACCAUUUCACGGCCGUAAGCUAGAUGUUUUGGGGUUUAGUUUCCCAUGCCACUUCACGGCUCUCAACUCACCUGCCAUGGGCCACUUUGACCACUGCCCAUAUCUACAAAAAAGGCAAUAAUACAGUGUAGCGUAAAUACAAUUCCAAAUGAAUUGAUGAAACAACGUGUCAGAGACAUUCCAGUAGUCAGGGCUUGGAACACAGUCAGAUGCUGCCUUCUGGAAUGAUUUCAUUUACCUGGUGCCAAGGCAUGCAGUCUUCAAAUCAGACAUGUCUCUGUGUGUGUGUGUUUGUGCAGAAGACUAAACCCUUUAAAUGAACCUAUCAAUGGCGGCAGCCAAAGCCAAAGCCCCCAUAGCAGCAGCAGCAGCACAGGAGCAGAUGUUCUGUUGACUAGAGUUACCUCAUAACAAAGGUAGGCUUUGAUUCCCUUCCCACGUUCUUGGGCUUCUGUAGCUGAUGGCAUCUGAUGCUUAAGCUUACUUCUGUUGGGUUUCACAGUUCAGUUCAGGAACAGUUCAGUUCAGGACCUACUGCUACUUGUCAUCACAUCUGCAAAAUACUUUUGCUCUCACGGUCACAUCGCACCCAUGAAAACUUGCAUUAGUUACCCAAGGCAACCCCUAGGCUUUUGCUCAGUGGGCUUAAGCAGGAGACCUGGGUUCGAACCCAGCUGUCAUCACAGUACACAUAGUUUUCUGCCUGUCAGUGCAGAGCUGGCUUUGCCUGGCCACACUAUCUCAGCCACCAUCCCUGACAAACCAACUCCAUUCAUCCUCUCUAUCCAGUCAGCAGCAGCUUGUGAACUGGCUUGGAUGGCUCAGUGGUUUGGAGCAUGGGGCUGGCAAUGCCAGGGUUGUGGGUUUGAUGCCAGGGUUGUGGGUUCGAUGUCAGGGUUGUGGCUGUGGGUUCCAUGCCGGGGUUGUGGGUUUGAUGAUAGGGUUGUGGGUUCGAUGCCGGGGUUGUGGGUUUGAUGAUAGGGUUGUGGGUUCGAUGCCAGGGUUGUGGGUUCGAUGCCAGGGUUGUGGGUUCGAUGCCAGAAUUUUGGGUUGGACGCAAGUGUUGUGGGUUGGAUGCCAGGGUUGUAGGUUCAAUGGCAGGGUUGUAGGUUUGAUGCCAGGGUUGUGGGUUCGAUGCCAGGGUUGGAGGUUCGAUGCCAGGGUCGUGGGUUCGAUGCCAGGAUUGUGGGUUGGUCCUGAAUACACCCGUCAACUUGCAUCCGAUAGCUGUUGUAAAUGGCCAUGUUCAGCAACCACCCUGAUUAGGGUGUAAUGUCAACUGGAAAUAGUUUUGGAGAAAAGCCUCCGUUGGCUAAAUGGCCGUGGUGAUUAGGAUGUAAAGAGGAUGUUAGUCCUUCAUCACCAUAACACUCCUAAUCUCCUCCUGGCUGGCUGAUGCCCUCUCCCUCCAGGCUCCUCACACUGCCCUGCUGUGUGUGUGUGUGUGUGUGUGUGUGUGUGUGUGUGUGUGUGUGUGUGUGUGUGUGUGUGACCGACCAGGGCCUGGUAUAGUGUGGUUAGUUGGAGGAUCAGAAUGACUGUGGUGGAAGACCAGUGUUUCUUCUCUCUCUCUCUCUCUCUCUCUCUCUCUCUCUCUCCUCUUUCUUCUUCUUCUUCUUCUUCUUCUUCUUCAGUCAUCUGUCCUUCCUGGCUGAACCAGAUGACCCAGCAGAGAGCAUCAUGGGAGUGUCCUCUCUAACUGCAGUGAACGGGCUUGGUCAUUAGGACUGUCAUCCUAAUGUGUGAGCCUGUCUGUGUGUGUACAGUGUGUGUGUGUGUGUGUGUAUGCGUGUGGGCCUGCGUGCGUGUGUAUGUGUAUAUGCAUGCAUGGGAUUGGAUGAGGCUGAGCUCUGUGUCUGUCAUCGUUUCUCAUUACAAGGAACAUUCAUCCAAAAUCAAAGUUUUCAGAAGGUUUCGUAACUCAUAAAGUGAUCUAAAGUCAAGUCUAUAUUCCAUGCCAUCUGUUGCGCAGAUCCUGCUGUAUGCAGAAUAAAUAUACAGCUUUCAUUUAGGGUUUGAUAGGCCAGGAUAUGGUACCUCUGUCUCCAUACCCCGCCAUUUAGAUACAGAUGUAGGAUCUUAAUUUGAUCAGGCUCUUUUUGCUGAAAAUGUUCCUGCAGGAAAUGCAGAUGAGCUUCGUGAUUUACAUAAAUUCACUGAAAACCCACACUAACAAACGGUUAUAUUAACAAUAUUGCACUUUUCAUGUAGCCUACUUUUGGCUAGCUAAUAGCCUAACCACUGAUCAAGCAACAUUAUGGACAAAGCGUUUAAAUCCUUUUGCUGCAUGAUUCUUUUGCUGUGACAACCUAGGUCAAAUUAAGAUCCUGCAUCUGUAUUCAGAACUAAAGGAUCAUACACAGUGUGUGGUAUAAAACUCCAUGAGAGCAGUUGUCUUGCUUUCCUAGGCUUGUCAAUAGACUGCAACAAAGGCUUUCUUUGUUACCUGAUAUGACUGGAAAAAUCAUACAUAUGCAUAAAUGUACAAUUUAACACUGAACUCUGUGUUUCUCCUCUGUAGAUCCAGACUUUGAGUGGGUUGUGAUGAAGCUUCAGAAUAGCUUCCCGUUCUGUGAGAGACCCUUUCUGGAGGACAUCGUCAUUCAGUGUAACGGAGACUAUCAACAGGCCUAUGACUUACUUAUCUAGUGCUGCAGAGACCACCAACAGGCAUGUGUGUUAGUCUAAUGACAACCCUUGUGUAUUAACCUUUAGUACUGAAUCUUCGUCAUAUCUUCAUCUCUAAUAGUACAAUUGUGAAACUUGAUACCGUAAUAAUGAUAAUAUUGUGAAACUUGAUAAUAUAUAUUAGAUCAAGUAAUGAUAGUAUUGUGAAACGUAAUAUCUUACUAAUAAUAAUAGUGUGAAACUAGUUAAUUUCUUCAACACAAAUGACUCGUAUUGCUCCAUUGUGUUUGACAUUGAUUUAGGAUGAUGUGUGUUUUACAAAUGAGCUGUAGGUCACUAGGAUGAGUCAGCAUCUUUAUAUCCAUUUGGCUUUUAACAAGCUCAUUGUGUUGUUAUGGAAACAUCUGUCCAGGGAGAGAUGCUGUUUUCUGUUUCUCUGUAUAAAGGCUAAUCACAAUAACAUGUUGGCUAUCCAUUACAAGGGUUUCUCAUCUGUAAGAAUGGACAACAAUAGACCGUCUCCCUUAGUGUGUCCUAUUAGAUAAUAGAUUGGGUCUUUAUGAUAUGUGUGAUCUCUGGUUUCACUGAGAUGUUUGACUUUUCACUUUGUAUUCUUCAAAUGUUUCCUUGAUUGAAUUAGUAUUGUAAUGUUUAGGUCAGCUAUCCAGGGCUGUGUUUAAUAAAUGGGUGUUCAACACGGU